GCCGAAUAAAGGAGCAGAGACCGAAAGAGGAGAGAGACCCCGCCCCCCUCGAGAGGAGAAGCUGCAGCCCCUGCAGGACAGGGGCCUGGGUCGCUAUGGGUUCCACAGCGGCCCCAGAGGGAGCUCUGGGCUACGUCCGAGAGUUCACCCGCCACUCCUCCGACGUGCUUAGCAAUCUGAAUGAGCUGCGCCUGCGCGGGAUCCUCACUGACGUCACGCUGCUGGUUGGCGGGCAACCCCUAAGAGCGCACAAGGCAGUUCUUAUCGCUUGCAGUGGCUUCUUCUAUUCAAUUUUCCGGGGCCGAGCGGGAGUCGGAGUGGAUGUACUCUCUCUGCCUGGGGGGCCAGAAGCCAGAGGCUUUGCUCCUCUUCUGGACUUUAUGUAUACUUCAAGGCUUCGCCUCUCUCCAGCCACCGCGCCAGCUGUCCUUGCAGCUGCCACCUAUUUGCAGAUGGAACACGUCGUCCAGGCAUGUCAUCGUUUCAUCCAGGCCAGCUAUGAACCUCUAGGCAUCUCCUUACGACCCAUGGAGGCAGAACCCCCAAGACCCCCAACAGUCCCUCCACCGGGCAGUCCCAGGCGCUCAGAAGGACACCCAGACCCACCUACUGAGUCUCGAAGCUGCAGUCAAGGUUCCCCAAGUCCAGCCAGUCCGGACCCCAAGGCCUGCAACUGGAAGAAGUAUAAAUUUAUUGUGCUAAAUUCUCAGACCUCACAAGCAGGAAGCCUGGUUGGGGAGAGUUCUGGUCAACCUUGCCCCCAAGCCAGGCUUCCUAGUGGAGAUGAAGCCUGCAGCAGCAGCAGCAGUGAAGAAGGAGCCACACCUGGUCUCCAGAGCAGACUUUCUCUAGCUAAUACCACUGCACGAUUCAAAUGUGGAACUCCAGCAAAUAACUCCUACCUCUUCACACCCCGGGCUCAAGAGUCUUCUCUGCCAACUUCUAAGCAGGCUCAUCCACCACCAGGAAGUGAGUUUUUCAGCUGUCAGAACUGUGAGACUGUGUCUGGGUGCUCAUCAGGGCUGGAGCCCUUAGCUCCAGGGGACGAGGACAAGCCCUAUAAAUGCCAGCUGUGCCGAUCUGCCUUCCGUUAUAAGGGCAACCUGGCUAGUCACCGCGCGGUGCACACAGGGGAAAAGCCCUACCGCUGCUCCAUCUGCGGAGCACGUUUUAACCGACCUGCUAACCUAAAAACACACAGCCGCAUCCAUUCUGGAGAGAAGCCGUACAAGUGUGAGACCUGCGGCUCGCGUUUUGUUCAGGUGGCACACCUACGCGCACAUGUGCUCAUCCACACCGGAGAGAAGCCUUAUCCGUGUCCCACCUGCGGAACCCGCUUCCGCCAUCUGCAGACCCUCAAAAGCCACGUUCGCAUCCACACCGGGGAGAAGCCAUACCACUGUGACCCCUGCGGCCUACAUUUCCGGCACAAGAGUCAACUGCGGCUGCAUCUCCGUCAGAAACACGGAGCUGCUACCAACACUAAAGUGCGCUACCACAUCCUCGGGGGACCGUAGCUGAGUCCCCCCAUCUAAACUCCAUUCGCUCCCUAGGGGCUGUGAAAGCUGUAGGCUCAGCUUGGUUUCCCUGAUGGUCUUGAUAUGGGGGUGUGCCGGGCCACCCUGGUAUCAAAAAGUGCUGACUCUUUAAUUUCGUACUGGGGGAGAGCGGGGGUGGCAGAUCCUGGCUAGAUCUGCCUCUGUUUUGCUGGUCAAAACCUCUUCCUCACAAUCCAGAUUGGGUAGCUAGGGUCUGGGGGGAAAGGAGAGACACAAGGGACUUGCUCUCUUUAAGGGAGCUUUCCCCUCCAUUUCAAAUGGUUUAUCUGUAAAUAUAAUUUAUUGAGGCCUGU